GGGCCAUUGAUCAACUCUUUAUGGCUUCUUGAUUUCUUCCAAACAAAUGAACCGCUGGAGUGAGAGAGAGAGAGAGAGAGAGAGAGAGAGAGAGAGCAUGUAGGCAUUGAAAUCUUCCUUUCGUCUUCUUCCUGGCAAACCCUUCAAAUGCUGAGAUUUUAUGUUUGAAGCUAUGCUGAAACGCCAUUGACUUGAAACACUGGUGAAACUAGGAAUGGGGAUAAAUGGAGUUGCUUGAGGGAAAGAUUUAUGGUGAAUCUUGCCCUAAAGGAUUUUGUGUGAGGGGAGGGGUCUUCUUCCUUUAUGUUUUCAAAGAGCCUGAGAUGGUAAUUGGGUACCCAACAGAUGUGAAACAUGCAGCGCACAUUGGAUUUAGUAGCUCAUCUAGUAUUCCAAGCUGGAUGGCUGAAUUUAAUACAGCAUCAGAUUUUUCUUCUGGAGUUCUUGGGGAAUCGAGGGGGCUUUCUUGGGCUUCUCAUGAAUUUGAUCAACCUAAUGGAUUCCAAUUAUCCCCUGGAAAGUUUUCAGACAAAUCAUGUCCUGAAGCUGAGAAGGUCCCUAAAAAGAAGAGAAAGAAGACUAAAUUCGCAUCAUCAUUUUGCUCAUCCGAACAAGCUCAGACUGUAAUGGCAUAAGGAUCUAUGUAUGGGACUGAGUUUUGAAGCUCAAAUCUUCAGUAACAUUUGCCUUGUCAAUUAAGGUUGAAGCAAAUGGAGAAGAAGAAAGAGAGCGUUACAUGAUGGUUUGAUUUGCUUUCUUCCAUUAUUGAAGCAAGAGCUAUUCAGGGUCUUGUUUCAAGUGUUUUUAUAGAUAUGACUAUCUGUAUUUUAUUUUCUUGGUUUUGUGCAAGUUUAACUAGAAAUUUGUUUGCUGUGAAAUUUAUUUAAAUGGCAUUUUCUUGUUU